GCCGGGUGAUAUUCUUGCUAAAUUCAUGUCGAAUACAACCACCUCUUCAUCAGAGCUUCCAGCUUUGCCUGCUAACGGUCAUGCAUCCAGCCUUCUUGAUUCUUUCAUGGAUUCAAAGAGUGGGAAUGCUCAUAAUAUACUUGAUUCAUACUCCAAUACCCCGAAUACGGGUACAGGGAAAACGCCAAAUUUGCUGGACAGCUAUUCCACAAGUAUUGCGAAGCCAACGAAGAAAACUAGCUUACUAGAUAGCUAUGCGAUUGAUCAAGAAGCCAAUACCGAUGCCGCAGUUGUUACUAA